AAUGAAGUUUCAUAGCAUGAAAAUGGAAGAAAUUAAUAAAAUUAUUCGUGAUCUCUGGCGAAGUACCUACCGAGGUCAAGAUAUUGAAUAUAUAGAAAUUCGGUCUGAUACAGAUGAAAAUGUGUCAGCUUCUGACAAAAGGAGGAAUUACAACUAUAGAGUAGUAAUGAUAAAAGGAGAUACAGCCUUGGAUAUGCGAGGACGGUGCAGUGCCGGGCAAAAGGUGCUUGCUUCUCUUAUCAUUCGCUUGGCCCUCGCAGAAACCUUCUGUUUGAACUGUGGCAUUCUUGCCUUGGAUGAGCCUACAACAAACCUCGAUAGAGAAAACAUUGAAUCUCUUGCACAUGCCCUGGUGGAAAUAAUAAAGAGUCGUUCCCAACAACGCAACUUCCAGCUUCUUGUGAUCACCCACGAUGAAGAUUUUGUGGAGCUUUUGGGUCGUUCUGAGUAUGUGGAGAAAUUCUACAGGAUUAGAAAGAACAUCGACCAGUGCUCAGAGAUAAUCAAAUGUAGCGUCAGCUCCCUGGGCUCUUAUGUUCACUGAAGUCUUUCUAGUAGCUCUCCCUUUGAGGGUGUCUCUGAGAUGGAAGCGCUGUAUCUUGAUGAGCAGAAAUGCCAAGAACCUGCUAGUGGCCUCAAGCAGCCCAGGCCUGAGCUUCUGAACAUUUCUGUGUAGUUUGAGUGUUAAUAAAAAUGACAAGUUUGAUUUUAAA